AUGAGGGGACAUGAGGCUGUGGACAUUGUCUGCCUGGACUUUAGGAAGGCCUUUGACACCAUCUCACACAGCAUUCUCUUGGAGAAGUUGGAGAAUCAUGGCAUAGAGAAGUGGGUAAAAAUCUGUCUGGAUGGCCAGGGACAGAAAGUUGUGGAGAAAAUCCUUCUGUGGCUUCUUCAGUUCAUGCAAGAACAAGGCAUUUCACUGGAUGAAGUUGACCAGGAUGGAAAUACUGCUGUUCAUGUAGCUGCUCAACAUGGCUAUCUAGGAUGCAUACAGACAUUGGUUGAAUAUGGAGCAAAUGUCACCAUGCAAAACCACGUGGGAGAGAAACCUUCACAAAGCGCUGAGCGACAUGGGCACACCAUGUGUUCCCGCUACUUAGUAGUUGUGGAGACAUGUAUGUCAUUGGCCUCUCAGGUUGUCAAGCUGACUAAGCAGCUGAAGGAGCAGACAGUGGAACGUGUGACAUUACAGAACCAACUCCAGCAGCUUUUAGAAGUCCAGCGGUCAGAAGGCAAGUCACUGCCCACAUCCCCAAGCUCGCCAUCAUCUCCUGCUUCUGGCAAACCUCAGUGGAAACCGUCUGAAGCAGAUGAAUUGUCUCCACCAAAAAGUAAAUUGAACACCCAAGAUGGGAUUCAGAUUCUUGGCAGCUUGGGAACUUCUAGUCGCACUCGAGCCAAGAUAAAAGACGAGGACUCAGAUAAAAUCUUGCGCCAGUUGUUGGGGAAAGAAAUCUCUGAAAAUGUCUGUAUGCAGGAAAAGCUGACUUUGGAAUUUCAGGAUGCUCACGCAUCCUCCAAGAACGUGAAGAAGAUUUUGCCAGAGAAAAGAGAGCUGAAGUUAGCAAGACUGAGGCAACUGAUGCAGAGGUCACUCAGUGAGUCUGACACAGACUCAGCUAAUUGUGAGGACUACAAGAACACCCCUGUGAAAAGAACUGACAAACCAAGGCCUCAGCCCAUAGUAGAGAGCGUUGAGAGCACAGAGAGUUUGCACCUGAUGAUUAAGAAACACACUUCCACAGCAGGGCGCCGCUUCCCUUUUGGCAUAAGGGUCUCCAAGUCUGUGGAUGGCCACAGUCCUUCCCCUACUUCAGAGAGCAGUGAUCCAGAUAAUGAAACCCCAUACCAGUCUGGUACAGGACCUCAAACCCAGCUUUGUGGAGACAACUCUGUGUCCAGUGUGGAUGGUGCCACUGCUCAAAAGGUUGCCACCAGCCCUAAGAGUGCUCUCAAGUCUCCAUCUUCAAAGCGCAGAACCUCCCAAAAUUUGAAACUCCGAGUGACUUUUGAGGAGCCUGUGGUGCAGGUGGAGCUAGCAGAGUCAGAAAUAAAUGAGGAAAAAGAUAAAGACCGGGGUAAAGGAUUCAUACGGGCUCCACCAGGUUCUGGAGAGCCAGCAGGGGACCAGCUGAAAAGACCUUUUGGAACCUUCCGGUCCAUAAUGGAAACACUGAGUGGCAACCAAAAUAACAACAACAACUGUCAAACAGCAAACCUUAUCAAAACCUCAUCAACGCUGCCUUUUACUUCAUUAGGGAGGAAGACAGCAGAGAGCAAGGGAAAUCCAGCAGCUCCCACAAAAGGAAGAAACAAACCAGGUCCUUACUUCAGCUACACCAGUCUUUCUUCUAGCACGUUGAAUGAAGAACUUCUGUGUGACUAUGCUUGGCAUGAUGACAUCAAUAGAAAAAGCUGGAAAUCCGACAGUCAAAAGAGCACUGAAGAGCCAGAGCUGCAAGAGUUCUUCCUCUAAACUACAACUCAUGAUGUCUCACUUUGUUUGAAAUACCUGAAAUAUAUCCUUCUGAAACACUAAUAUGAGACAUAACCCUC